ACCUAUGCGGCCGAUUACGUCCGGUGUUGGCAGCGCUCCACACAGGCUCGCUAAGAUCUUGGCUAAACCUCUAUCUAGCCUUCUAGGCACCAUCAGCUCAGCUCACCUUAAGAAUUCAGGCGAUCUCCUCAGUCGUAUCAAGGAUUUAUGCAUUGCAGAUAAAAAGUUGGUGAGUUUUGAUGUAAAAGCUCUAUUUACCAAUGUCCCUGUGGACGGAGCCUUAGCUGCCGUUGAGAGAGUGCUGUCCAAUGCAAGUGAUGAUGAUCUUCCGAUCCCAAAAAGGGACUUCCUGACUCUGGUUCGACUCUGUGUAAACUUCAACUCCUUUAUUUUUGACGACAAAGAAUUUAGACAAGUUAGCGGACUAGCGAUGGGUUCCCCUCUUAGUGCCGUCUUAGCGUGUCUCUACAUGGAAACAAUGGAGGAGGACCAUUACAAGAGUAUCUUAGGAGAACAUAACCUGUGGGUGAGGUAUGUCGAUGACGUACUUUCCUGUGUCCCCAUAGACACUAACCUUACGGACUUACUUCGGGAACUGAACUUAGUGGAUCCUGCGAUUCAGUUCACUGUCGAGGAGGAGGAGAACGGCCGGUUACCAUUCUUAGACACUCUAUUGUUACGGACGGGCGACUCACUUAAAUUCACGGUCUACCGUAAGCCCACUAAUAGGAAUGACCUCAUACAUUAUUUCUCGGGACACAGUCAGAAGGUAAAGUCCGGGGUCGUUAUCGGAUUCUUCUUGCGCGCCCUUCGAAUUUGCUCACAAGACCUGCUACAGGAAGAAAUUGAUUACAUAACCAAUACAUUCUUACAGCUGAGAUACCCUUUGGCCAAACUCAUAUCCCUCAGGGACAAAGCUAAACGGAUUUGGUCUCAAUCUAACACUAGGGUAGCUGACGUAUCUGAAAGGCACGCGCAGAAUACACUGUCGGUGAUAGCCCCUUAUUCACCUCUUACUGAACAGGUACAAAAGCUGGUGGGCCCGGCCCUAUCCAUUGUCGCAAAAGGAGGACAGAAAAUAGGCGGAAUUUUCAAGCGAAACAAAAGAGAGUCAAACAGAGAUAGCGUGGUCCGCGACAUGCUGCCAACCAGAGUAAUGGUCAACGACCACGAGGAACUUCCGCCCGCCAUGUUCUGCGAAGUCUGCAGACACGAUCUGGAACGGGAGUGA